GCCUUCAGCUGUGAGCUGAGCGGAGGGCGACUUGAUCUUGCUCGGCUUCUGCACUGCGUGCACCACAGGCUUUUAGCUUGAACCUGUAACUCUACUAGUGUUAUUGACACAAAGAAGAAGAAGAGGAAGAAGAAGGAGAAGGAGGCUGCAGGAGCAACAGCGAUGGGGUCGGAGACGUUCCUGGAGAUCCUGCUGGCCAUCCUGCUGCCGCCGCUCGGCGUCUUCCUCCGCUACGGCAUCGGGGUGGAGUUCUGGAUCUGCCUGCUGCUCACCAUCCUGGGCUACAUCCCGGGCAUCGUCUACGCCGUCUACGUCCUCGUCGCCUGAUGACGACGACGAGCAGAUUCAGGCCGCCGCUCUGGUCCUUCUACCGUCACAUUUGGAGCCGCCUGUAGACUUUGUAUAGCAUUAGCUGCUGUUCCUCUUGUCCCCGGACCCAAUCCAUCUGUUGUGCCAAUGGAUUUGGGAAACUAUGGCAAAGCUUGAUGAAUGUGCCAGCCAAAUUUUAAGUCUGUGGUCAUCUUUUUUCAGACAUGGGAUUUGUAGUGUACUGCAUCUGGUGGUGCAAGGAGAUGCAAGUAGAGAUGCAGUGUAACGUUUGCUUGUGCCAUGGAUGAAUCAAUCGUGCCAAGUGUUCUUCUACUGCAAUA